UACGUCCAUGCAAUCGACAGUUAUAAGAUCGGCGCAGAUCGGCGUAAGGUAGCUUUGUAAAUGUCCUGAUUUAGUAGUAUUCCGUCCCGUUUUAUAUUGGAGAUAAUUUAUUAUUCGCAUUUGUGUACCUGUUAAAUUAAUUAACAACACAUCUGACAUGUAGCGGCGAUAGCACGAUCAAUUUAUGUUUAAGUAAAUAUCAAUAAUAUUGACACAGACAUUAUGGAAACUGAUGAAAUUAUGUACAAUAAGUUCUAUCUUCUACUGAGGGAUCGAUAUAGAAGAAAGUAUGAUUUGGCCUUAUCGAAAUGUUGGACCAUAUGUAUUCCAUGUGACACAUCACUGCGAGGAUUAAAAAUAACUGAAAAUUUUGUUGAUGAUCACAUUCUAGCUCCAUAUGCGGACUUGCCUCAACAUUAUACCUCUACUGAUGGAAACAGAUCUAAAUUAUAUAAGUUAGAAAAUAAAGUUAUAACAUUGGUGAAAUGUAAUAAUGAAAUGUUAAAAUCUGAAGAACAAUACAGUGUCAAGAUUUUGUCGAUCGAGAGAGGGUAUAACAAAGAAUUUCUAGCAUAUAACAUAUUUAUUGUUAAUGUACCUCUAGAUCGUAUUUAUGAAAUCUUGGAAAACCAGCACGACUGUUUAAUUGAUUUAAAUUGUAACAUUACUUCAUAUAAAGACGCUUUGACAUUUUUGAUCGAAACAUUAAGGCAAGAUAAAAGUUUCUUUGAAGAGUGCAAGAGUGAUUUACAAUAUCUUGAUAUUGAUCACACAAUGACUGCAAAAGACAUGAGUAAAAUGUUUCAAGAAUUAGCAUGUCAUUACUGGGCAAACAUUAUGCACAAGCAAAGUUUAGAUCUGCAACGAGAUGCAAGAUACCAAAAAUUAUUAAGUACUUCGCUUGAAAUAUUUAUAAUGCACCAUUUGCAUGAUAGGGUAUAUCCCAUUUUGAGUGAAGCAUUGGAUCAGGAUGAUUUGUACAUGAAAAAGAAGAUUGACCAGUUAAUGGAUUUACGGAUUACUCCCGAUCAAUUAGGGGUUCAAGAAUCUUUUGCUAUUUGCUUACCAGCUGCAAUAGUAGAGUUAGCAACUUUAGAUGCCCGAGAAGAACCACUCCAGAAACUACUUUGUUUAAGGAAUACAUUAGAUCUUAUUGUCGCGGAAGUUAAAGGUGCACUGGCUGAUGUUAAAACUAAAACUGAUGAUAACUGUGAGAAUAUUUGUUCGAACUACCAGCCAUCAAGUUCCAAAUCUCUUUCAAGUGAUGACCUAAUUCCUUUACUAGCAUAUGUCAUUGUAAAGGCUCGCCCUACAAGACUAAUGACUGAUUUACAUUAUGUUAAAAAUUUAUUAUGGUCUGUGUCUCCUCAUGAUGGACAAUCUUACAGUUUGGUGAUGUUUAAAGCAGCAAUUUCCUUGUUGCAAGAUGUUAACAUACAUGCUCUACCAGAAAGGAGCAGUAAAGUCAAACUGGAGCUGCCUAUUGGAGAAUUGUUGGAAGUUGUAAAUCGACCAGAAACAAGUUUAACACCUUUGGAUACUCAGAUACAUCAGUUGGCUACGAUGCUUGAAAAAUGUACACAUGACGAGGAACCCUUUCCUGAAAACAGUAAUAAGUAAUAAUUUUCUACAUGUGGACAAGCAGUAAUGGAGUUAAUCUGCAUGUAGAUAUGCGAAUAAUUGAUAAUUCAACUCUGAUUCGCUCAGAUGUAAAUAUUUUGGUGUUUUUAAAUUGUGAUAAGUAAGAAAAGGAAACAUUACGCAUUUUAUAUAAAGAUAAUAAUGUUAAAAUUCAUUUAAAGAUAGAAUUAGGUUCUAACUACGUUUUAAGGAGUAAUUGUUCAAUAAAUCGCAAUGAUACGUACAUAUUUAUACAUGUUUAGACUAAAAUUGUGACCAAGGAAAAAUAUUAGAAAAAAUU